AGUUUGGCAGUGUGGACUGCAACAAUAAUUGAACCAGGGAUGCAUCACAAGAGCUUCUUUUUGUUGUUGUGGCGGCCCUGAACUCGCCAGGAACUUGCAAUUGUUUUGUUGUUGCUGCUGCUGAGCUGGAAUUGAAAUUGUUAUGUAUUUUAAAGUGGUGGUGGUAUAUCUGCAUUCUAAAAUACCAACAAAAAGUUUGAUGCGCUUGAGAAUGAAGUGCGGAACGUGGAAUGCGGAAUCGCAGGCAGAACUGUGUUUAAUGCUGAGCUCGUUUUUGGGUGGCGCGUCAGUUCCACCUUCCACCUUCCACCGUCCACCUUCCGCGUUCCACGUUCCGCAUUCCGUAUUCCGCAUUCCUCACUCCCCAUUCCACUGUUCGCCAGCUUCGCUUUCGGGUGUUGUGAAAAUGCAAGAGCGAGAGAGCGAGAAAGAAACACAGACGGCGGCUGCAGCCGAUGGACAAAUGGACAAAUGGAGAGAUGGACAAAUGGAGAGACGGAGAGAUGGACUAACGGAGAAUGAACGCAGCAAGCAGCAUUCGAGCAGCAGGCGGAAAACAAAUUGCACAUGAUGUCCAAAGGAACAA